CGGACUCAUGGCGACGAGCAACCCGCCGCUCCUGCCCCCGCCGGGGCUGCCCGUUUCGGUGCCCAGAGCACCCUCGGCAGCGGCGGGGGUCCCCAUGCCGCCCACCUUCCUUCGCCCCCCUAGCUUCUUCGUGCGCGCCGCGGCCGCCGCGGCUGCAGCGGCGGCGGCGGCGGCCGCCACCGCGGGCAAUCCUUCCAGCUGCUACGCGCAGGCGGCGGUGGGCCUGGAGCGCGGGGCCUAUUACCCGCGCACGCCCAAAUGCGCCCGCUGCCGCAACCACGGCGUGGUGUCGGCGCUGAAGGGCCACAAGCGCUUCUGCCGCUGGCGGGAUUGUGCGUGCGGCAAAUGCGCACUCAUCGCGGAGCGGCAACGCGUAAUGGCCGCCCAGGUGGCGCUGCGCAGGCAGCAAGCGCAGGAGGAGAUCGACGCGCGGGGUGGAGGCGGCGGAGGCGGCGGGACUCACCCCAACCAGCAGCAGAAGCGGACGCCUGUUGCGGUCCGCCUGAGCUCCGGGAGCCAAGCAGCCGGCAACGCCGGCGGUGAAAGCGAGCCGGCUCCCAAGAGUUACUGCCCGGAGUUCCAGCGCGGGCGAAGAGAAGAGAAGAUUCAGAAGUAUGACUUCUACUGCAGUGAAUCGGGCAGUUCUGUAGUCCAUUUACUUACACCCUCUGUGACAUCUUCUCCUGAAGCUGCUGGAAGCAAUCAAGAGAAGCCAUCCGAGACACAGGCUUUAGGUAAAGACAUAUCUUUAUCGGGUCCUGAGGAAUCUUUAGAAGGAACUGACAGCCCAGCCUCUUUGUCGUCUUCGGACAUGGAAUCAGGAAAUGAAAGUGAGUGUCCCAAGGAUUUUGUUCCCUGUAAUGCCAGCGUCCCUCCUGCUGCUGCUGUUGCCCCUGAUGGUGCCUUAAAGCGCAGAGACCCACUUAAUAUUCUUACCAAGGUCUUUCCUAAUCACAAACCAAGCAGGUUGGAAAGAGUUCUGCAACUCUGCAGAGGAGACAUAGUCCAAGCUAUAGAGCAGAUCCUGAAUGCCAGCGAACACAGGCAAGGAUUCCAAGAGCUUGCAAUCCCAGUCUUGCCCGAAUGCAGUGCUUUCCAGAGAUCUUCUGAUUUUGGCCUCGGAGUAGAUGUCGCAGCACUUGGCAAUAAAUCAGCAUUUGUUCCUCUUCAAACCAGCUCGGCCUCUUCCAGGAGAGAGAUGAAUUUUUAUGGCUUAAGCCCAAGACUGGGAAUUGGACCUCUAAGAGUGACUUAUUCUCCUCCGGGAAGAGCUUUACCUGGAUUGAUAGCACCAUACUUGAGGACUGGCUUGUUUCCUGCUUUUCCUUUUCAUCCAGUGAUGGACUCUUCCUUUUCAGGAGUGAUCAAAGAUGCAUCUUAUUCCCCCAGUGAAGACAAGCUUUUCAGUACCAAGAUGUACGCCAGGUUAAAUGAAGAACGCAAAUAGCAUUUUGGUCGAAAGUUACUUUUUCUUUUUCUAUUUUUGUUCAGUUGUGCCGCUACUUGUUGUGGAGCCCAAUUCUUAAAUGUGCAUCCAAUAAAGAGCAAAUUAGUAUUAAAUCCUUCAUUAAAAAAAAUAAUAAAGGCUUCCACAGGAUUCUUUCCCUAAAAUCAAUUGAAAUUGGACAUAAAAUAAUUUGAAAAUGGAAAGAUUUCUGGAGUGUCAACAGUGAAAAAUUAUUAGAAGCAAAAUUGAUAUGGAACAUUAUAUUGUAUAUUAACAUAUAAUUUCAUCUCAUCUGAAUCUUUGGAAGAAAAAAAAAGGUGACACUUGGAGACUGGAAGUUGAAAAGAGUAAUGUGAAGAACUCCAGGAAAAACAAAACUUUUGUUUUUUGCAUUUUCAAAAUAUUUGAUAUGUUUCUUUAUUUUUUUACUUGAAAUGUAGGUGUUUGAAAUCAAGAAAUAGUUUUCCAAAUAUAGACUCUUGAUUUUUUUUUUUUAAUGAAACAGUUAUUGAAAUACGUAGUACAUGUCUCUGAUCAACUGUUGUAACAAAAUUGGUAAAUGAUUUUGGAUAUAAGCAGUCUUUUUAGACUGAAGAUAUUAUGCCUUAAUUAUGUUUGCAUAUGGAUAGAAGAAUCGAAGGAAUUGCCUGGUUAAAAAAUAAUUCUGAAUUAUGCUUUAGAAUAAUGUGGUUGAGAUUCAAACUCAUGUACUUUUCUCUUCACGUAUAUGAAUAAUAAUGAAGAUUGGAAUUUUUUUUUAUUUUGCAUUACUAGGUGUAUAACAUUAAAUCUGCCAACUGCAGUUAUACUAAGUCAUAGUUUGCUCAAACCAUGAUUUUUAAUAGCCUGUAAUUUCCAGGUUCACACAAUGUGUUAAGUGAAAAUGGCUUAGUGCAGCGUGGGAACCUAGUCCAGGGUUUGUUUGUGCUAAACAGUGGCUUAUUUAAUAAUGGUUUAUUAAAUAACACACAAGUUUAUUUGCAACAAGGUUUAACCUAAGACAAUGAUGGGCAUCUUGCCAGCCAUGUGGGCAAAAUGUCUGCAAAUAUUGCUCUACCAAAAUAUGGCAAAAAUAUGACCAGAUUUCUGUGGCCUAGUCUUUCUGGGUGAAAGGAUUCUCAAAAUUAAGAGUGAGCUUAGAAAACUUUCAGCUCACAUUCCCACCUAUAACACCCCUGUAACCCUCCUCUCGUAAAGUUGUAAACAGACCAAAUUUAACUUGUUUUGGGAGAGGGGAGUUAAGAGUGGAAAUAAGAACAUGAGGUAUCUGGGAGUCAAAUUGCUUCUAUCUUGAAAUUCCCAUGCAAUCAAGCCAAACCAAACAAACCACAUUAUGGUAUAACAGGGUGUAUAAAUACAGCCCGUUAUAACCAUACAGUACAUAUAAUACAGUGUGUUACGUGACAGAAAACAAUUUUGGAAAUUUGAAGGGUUUUCUUUUUAGAUUAGACAUUUUGUCUGUGGAAAGAGAAAAGAAAAACGGAUGACACUCUCAAGAACCAUUUCUGUAAUAUGAAGCCUUCAUUUCUGGCUACCAGCACAUUGGCUGCUGCUUCUGUGUGUUCUGUAGGCACAUGAUGGACUUCUGAUUCUGAAGUUAAAACUGGCAACAUGGAAGCAAAUCAAGGGACGAAAGAAGUUUUUGGAGAACAAAUGGGUCCCACGUGUAAUAUAUGUGGAUUAAAAAAAAUAAUGAAUUAACUAGUAGGAAGAUGACAGCUGAGUUGUUGAUUUAUGGGACUUUCCACUUCAAAUUUCCACACUGUAAAUGGGUUAAAUGCAAGCUUUUUUAAAAGCAUAAAACGGUUCAGUAAAACAAUUACUUCU